CACACACCUGGGGGCGGCUGUCGCGCACACAGUUGAACGGCUGCACGCCUGGGAGCGGCUGUCACACACCAGGCGGGGACAAUGCCAAGCUGGCAGGCGGUUUCAUUCCCGGACGGGGCCGUUCCGCACCGGAGGAGACUGUCGCGCACCCGGCACGGAGGGACGGCGGAAGGGCGGGCUCGGUGCGGGGGGCGGUGCCGAUCCAUCCCUGCGUUCCUCCUCCCUCGCUGCUCCGCCCCGUGCCGGCGCCAUGGCGGGCCCGGGCGGUGCCGACGGUGCUGGGGACGCCGGGGAUGUGCUGAGCGGCGGCAGCGAGCGGCGGUGCCGGGCACGGCUGGCGGCGGCGGGCGCGGGGGGCGCGGCGGCGGCGGCCGCGGUGCUGGUGCCGCUGUGCUCGGUGCGCGGCCGCCCCGCGCUGCUCUUCACGCUCCGCUCCCGCCGCCUUGCUGGCCCCCACAGCGGCGACGUCAGCUUCCCCGGUGGGCGGCGGGACCCGGCGGACGGGGACGCGGUGGCCACGGCUCUGCGGGAGACGCGGGAGGAGCUGGGGGUGGCGGUGGCAGCCACCAGCGUCUGGGGACAGCUUCGGACGCUGCCCGACCGGCAUGGAAUGACCGUGGCACCAGUCGUGGCCAACCUGGGGCCGCUGGAGGCCUUGACACUGAACCCCAACCCAGAUGAGGUGGAGGAGGUGUUCACCCUGCCCCUGGCUCACCUGCUCCGCGAGGAGAACCAGGGCUACACCCACUUCCGCACAGCCAGUGGCUACGGAUACACCUUGCCUGUCUUCCUCAACGGCCCCCACAAGGUCUGGGGGCUCACGGCCAUCAUCACCGAGCUGACCCUGGAGCUGCUGGUGCCUGGCCGCUACCGCAGGAAGACCCGCGUGCCUCCCCAGAAAGCCCCAGCCUGAGCAGGCAGGGGGCGGCUCUGGCGUCCCUGUGCCUCGGUUCUCCACCAUGCAUGGGGAAACGGCUCCCAGCGCAGCAGUGAUGUUGCACACUGUCAUUCAGUAAAAGCCAUGUUUGGAACUGC